GGGACGAGCCGGCGGCGCCUCCUCCUCCUCCGGCGGAGCUCUGUGGCUGCCCCGCAAGCGGAGCGCUUGUUCCGCCGGAGCCUCCGGGGUCCAGCUCGUCAAAGGCUGAAUUCCCGUUUUUCUUUUCUUUUCCGGGAAGGGGCUGCUGCGCCGCGAUGUGCGGAGGUGCAGCAGAUGAAGCUUACCCUACGCUGGGAGGAUCUGAUAGAGAGCGCUUCACCUGCUGGAUUUCUGCCUGCCAUGGCGCAGGAGCCCCUCGGGGGAAGAGAGAAGAAGCUGGUCAUUUUAACCUCCUUGUCUGGAGGAAGACAUUUUGCCUGCAUCCCAAGUACUGAGCUAGCAGGCCGGAGCAUCCCAUGCUAUCUUGUUUUUCCCCCUUUUGAUUCACCCGGAGUGACCCAGUAUGCAGGUUCCAGAGCGUGAGAGUGGAGCGACCACAGGGAAUGGACUGGACAGCCCCACGGCUUCCGAUUCCCAACCAGUUUCUCCUUUGCCAUCCAAGCCCCCUUCCUUGGAUCUCUUCAAUCUAGUAGUAUCCUACAAGCGACUGGAGCUGUACUUGGAACCACUGCAGGAUAUUGCGGAAGGGGUGUGGUUCCUCCUCAGCUGGCAGAUGCCUCUCUGCUCCCUCCUUACUUGCCUGGGCCUCAACUUUCUGCUGCUAACUCUUAGUGAAGCUGCGUGGUAUGGGCUUUGCGUCCUACUGGUCUCAGUGCCAGCCUUGCUGGGCUACCUGCAGGAGACAUGCCGCAUCCGUCUGAGUGAAGAAGAGCUGGCACGUCGUAGGUACCACAGUGUGCGGCGUGAAGAUGUGAGGAAAGUUCAGCUUGCACGACAUGAGGCUGUGGCUGAAGUGAAGGGCUUCUUAAUCCAAUUAGAGGCCCUCUUGAGCCGACUGUGUGGCAGAUGUGAGGCUGUCUAUCGCAUCAUCUACUGGGAGAACCCUUCUCUUUCUUCACAGUUUUAUGGAAUGCUGAUGGCUUCCGUUUGUGCUCUCUACCUGCUGCCCUUAUGUUGGGUCUUUGUGCUGCUCAAUAAUGCCCUUUUCUUGGGUAAUGUGGCAUUUUAUCAAGUGUUGCUGGAGCUGAAGUCUGCUGUAGAGCAGCGUUUGGGCCUCAAGCCUGUUGCUGGGACUCCAGAGCCAGUGGAGCUGUAUGCUGGAGAAGUUGGGUCUGGAUCCCUGCCGGACCGGACACCUACGCCCACUAGUACCGAGGAUCUGACCCCUGGCAGUGUGGAGGAAGCAGAGGAGGCAGAGCCUGAUGAUGAGUUCAAGGAUGCUAUUGAGGAGACCCAGCUGCUAGUAAUGGAGGAUGACGACGUCUCCCACUGCUCAGCAGAAUUCGACAUGGGCCUUCCUGACAGCCCCUUCAUGAUGAGCAAGAACGAGGUGAUUCGCAGCAGGGUGUCACGGCUGACGGAGCGGCUGCGGAAGCGCUACCCAACCAACAAUCUCGGGAACUGUGCAAGCUGUUCAGCCACUUUCUCUGUGUUAAAGAAGAGGCGGAGCUGCAGCAACUGUGGGAACAGUUUCUGCUCCAGGUGCUGUUCCUUCAAAGUUCCCAAGAGCUACAUGGGGGCUACAGCCCCUGAUGCCCAGCGGGAGACCGUCUUUGUCUGCGGGCAGUGCAACCAAGCACUCGUCAAGUGAGAAACCGAUCUGGAGCCCUGCCCUCUGCGGAAAUCGCUCUGCGUCUCACCCCGUAUUUGCCGAUACUUGCGGGGAGUGAAGCAACAGCACCGUGCACUCCUUCCACUCUUCCCUGUACAUCUAAUAGGAAAGGGGCUGGUGCAGCCGCCACGUGUGCCCCCUCCCUCUGUGAGCAGCUGGCGAGAGGUCCUGCACUCAUGAUUAACUGCAUAGUAGGAGACUCGUGCACUAGACUACUGUAGGCUCUCCCUCCUUCCUCGACCUUGAAGCAAAAAAGUCCUUUGCCCCCAUUUUCCCUAGCAGGAAGCUGGCCUUCCCCACUUCGCAAGGUGGCUCAUGGUAUCUGGACUGCCAGGCGUCUGUCUUGUGUUUCACUACUGAGCGAGGUGCUGCGUGUUUGGAAGGGGAAGCUGGGUCUUCCUCUGGGUGGCAUCUGUAAGUUGGCUCUGCUGUGUAAAGAAGGCAGACGUGUGUUGCCCCAAGGUGGACCUGUUUCCUAUCCCUGCGUCAGAUACGGACGGCAUCUCUUCCCUCCCCACCAUUGACUUUGCUCUUUCUAGAUAGCUUUUAGCCAAAGCUCUUCAGUUUGGCCCAACCUGGACCUGCCAUUCUCCUUCCCUUUGACGCUUUGCUGUGUUGGAGGGAGCAGAAGCUGCUACAGCCAACGGGAGUUCAUCACAAAGCCCAGCUGGAGGAUUGAGGCAAUUGCCUUGUGAUGUGGAUCUUUUCUACAGGAGAGGAGAGGUUUUUUUGUGUUUAUUUUUGCUGCUCUCUAGCAGACUUACCCACACGCACACAUGCAUAUAUAUAAAUAUAUAUAUGACCAAUAAAUAGCGUCCUUGGAAAGUGGA